GAACUUAAAGACGAAACAUUUUGCCCGUCAGGUGGUGUAGUUCUGAGAAUUGCACGUGAAAAAUUGGAUUAUGAGGGCGCUGCUCUCGUGUGUGCCAAGAAUAAUGGCACUCUGCUGACCAAGAAGACGUUCAAGAAGGGCUGUGCAAGGAAUUUUAUCGACAGAGAGGAACUUCCGGCUUGGAUAUCUGGAGAGCCAUCUUUACUCGAGCAGGCAGACACUAGUGGACGCACCUCGCCUAUCAACAGAACGAUCUCCGUGAUCUGUGAAUUCAGUCCUUUCAAUAUGAAUGUUAAAUGCGCUGAAAACUUCCACAUCCGGAUGGGCGUUGCAGGAACAUAUAAUGCAUAUGACUUCUGCACACAUUUCAAGAUGGACAUACUGAAUAAACCUCAGCAAAAAAAGCUUCAACACUGCUACCUGCCUGCACUUCGCAAUGCAAAAUACCAGCACUACCAGUAUGUUGGCACACUAAGAGCCGGCAGAAAAACUCGCAGGAGGAUGUUUUUGCAUAGCAUUGCUUCUGGAGAGAAAAUUGUUGCACCAAUGUGGAACAAAGCUGCCCGUAUUUGUGCAAGGAAAAACAAUACUGGAGCGUUUAAAGACCAAAGCAUAUUCUGCCCGUCAACUGUGACCGUCCUGAGAAGAGCAUAUGAAAAGUUGGAUUAUAAUAGAGCUGUGGCCCUGUGUGCCAAGAAUAACGGCAAACUACUGGGCACGAGGGCACAUACGGAUCGUUGUGCAAAGCGUUUUAUCAAGAAAGGAAAAAAACAAACAGCGGCUUGGAUAUAUUCUUCCAAGUGGGCAGACGCUAAACGCGUCUACGAUCUCUCUACAUACCCGAAGGAUGACAACACACAUCUCAUCACCAUCUGUGAAUACCCCAUCAAAUGUACAGUACACAAGAUUCAGAAUGGAGAAAGAGAAGAAGCCACUUUGUCAUACAACCAGACUGCCCGCUACACAUGCUGGACAGGGUAUGAAAUGGACGGAAUAGCAAAUCCAAUCUGCAACAACUCAGGCCGGCUCACAUCUAUUCCUACUUGCCGCCCCUUCAAGUGCAUCGCUCCUCGCGUUCCUAAAGCAGCGGUCUUCCCAGCCGAAGUAUUGUACCUCGAAGCUGUUCACUAUGAAUGCGACACUGGGUGGCUGCUCAUCGGAGAUCCCAAGCCAACAUGCACAGCAUCUAGGAACUUCAGUUCUGUGCCCACCUGUUCAAUCGUUAAAUGCCUAGUGCCAUCAAUCCUUAAUGGCUGGAGCGAAGAAAAAGAGGUGAAUUACCAAAAACCGGUGAUUUACAAAUGCAAUCCAGGAUACACAUUGGUUUAUGGCACCAUUCCACCACACUGCAAUGCUUAUGGCAACCUCAACAGUACCGGUAAUAUCACCUGCGAGCGAGAUCAUGGAUUUAAUCGGAGUCAACCCUGCUCAAACACACGUACAAUUCUCCAAAUCUCAAAACAAAAGUACAAUUUCUUUAGCGCCGAUGCCCUUUGCCGUAAGCAUAAUGGAUGGCUUUUGAAUAGGAAGACGCUUACCAGUAGCUGCGCAUCUACUUUGCUCCAAGACGACGUGGAAGUCUGGCUGUCCGGAACCAUUAAAGGUAUUUCCAGGGCUAGGCCGACAAACCAAGGCCACGACUGGGACUUCAAACUAAAGCAUGUCGUAUGUGAAAUGCUCCCAUGCGGGCCACCUCCGUCCAUUACGAACGGCGCUUGGCGCAACACAACGAGGUUGCACCAAGUCCAAGAGGUGAUGUAUGCAUGUGAUGACGGCUACAGCAUGCAGGGAAAGGGGCAUUUGGUGUGCCAGGUGGACAGGCAAUGGUCGCCCAACCCACCGACAUGCGAAGUGAAGUGCAGUGCACAACUACCGGCGGACUUUCUCCGGCAAAACCAGACAUUGACAACCAGAGCUGGCUCAUCUAAGUGUGGGCAAACAGCUGCCGACAUCAUCAUUGUGUGCGAUGAGUCGGCAAGCAUGAGGCCAGAACGCAAGGAGAAACUCAACGCUCUUGUGGCAAGGCUGGACGAAUCGUUGAAGGAGCAUGGCAUUGGUCUCUACCCCGAAAUUCCCAACCAGUAUAGCCUCGUUGGCUUUGGCCACCAGCGGACAAACCAGCAAGAACCAGCACCACAUGUGCUUGUUAACACCGCCAAUCAACGAGUAUAUGACAUUGACGGCUUUCGUCAGGCGUCCAGCAAUCUUCAAAACGAUGGUUCCCACGAAGACGGGUACUACGCAAUCCAGUUCACUUUGAACAACAUCACUGAUCCGCAGUCCAAGGAACAGCUGCUGCGACUGGGGAAGGCACACAUUGCACCCAUCAUCAUCUUCAUCUCCGAUGAGGACCGAGACGUUCAUAAACAAGGGGGCGGGGAGCUCUCACGCAGCUCCGUCAAGAGAAUGAUCCGCACGAGCGGAGCCCAGCUGCAGGUCAUCGUCGACAACACCUUCGAGCACCAGGGUCGGGACGGUUUCGGUGUCGACGCGACCGGCAAGCUCUACACGGCACAGAGCUCUGGCGCAUACACCACAUCCUAUCCAGACUCAGUCAAGAAAUACCUGAAGACCCACUAUCGCAAAACCCUCCUCCAUUACACCUCGGUUGCGCUGGAGCUCGGUGGUGCGGCCUGGAAUCUGAACGCCAUCUUGCGCUCUGACCAGCCAAAUCCAUCGUAUGUGGAGGCCUUCGUCAGCAGCACCGUCACAAUGGUGGAGCAGAAAGUUCACAAGUGCUGCACGUGCCGUUGUGUCCAAGCUGAUCCUGACCGUGUUCUGCGAUGUGACGUGGCAGCCGCUGACGAUGAGUGCAAGAAGACAGCAAACAACGUGUUCCUGAAGUGAAAUGCAUAAGCCAUACUACCGUGCUGGCAACUGAAAUCCGACCCCUGAGCGGUGCGUUCA